CAGGACAAAGAGAAGGGCAUCACUCUUGAAGAUUUCAAGAUUAUUAAGAUGCACAUGGCUAAUUACAUACAGAGACUGGCCCAACAUGUGAAAGUGAGGCAAAGGGUUGUUGCAACUGCAGUUACAUAUAUGAGACGUGUUUAUACCAGGUUUUUUUUUUUUUUGAUGAAUAUACCAUGUAUAUUUAAUUUUACUUCAUUUAUGAAUUAUGAUUUGUUAAAAGCAGAUGGUACUUUCAAUUAACAAAAUGACUGUAGCCUAUGGCUUCUAAUUAUUUUUCAUUGGUUUUUCAUCAGGCUAUGAAAUUCUUGAUUUUCACACUCACUGGUUCUAUCUUGCAAAAUCUUACAAAUACAUCACUCAGCUCACAGCUUUUGUUUUCCUUGGUCUUGUCUGAAUAAAUUAGACCUUGGGCCCUCUUCAGUGAUGUGUUACUUACUCAUAUUCAUAAAUUUAUUCCAAAUGGAAUGAUUAUAGUUGAUCUCGCUAAGUUAUUUUACCUAGGCGAACUAAAUAAUUUUGGAAAUUGAUCCUCAUCAUGUCUAAACAGGUUCAGUACUAGUACUAUAUCUUUCUGUGGAAAGUAUUACAAGUUUACAACUUUAUUUUGUGUAUUUGUACAUGGUCAUGAUCAUGAGGCAUAUUAUGUUUGGGAGAUGAAUAGUGAUAUGCUAAACCUAAAUUAUGCUGAAACAUUAUCACCCACUGAACAUAACUUCUUAUUCCUUCAGAAAAAGUAUGACAGAAUAUGAUCCACGUCUUGUUGCUCCCACGUGCUUGUUCUUGGCAUCAAAGGCAGAAGAAAGCACCGUGCAAACUAAAGUUCUUGUGUUUUACAGCAAGAAAAUGUAUAAUGAGGAGAAGUAUGAGAAGUAUAGAUAUGAAGUCAAAGAUAUACUUGAAAUGGAAAUGAAGAUUUUAGAAGCUCUUGACUAUUACCUAGUUGUGUUCCAUCCUUAUCGCACAUUAGCUCAGCUGUUGCAGGAUGCUGGUAUAAAUGAUAUAAAUAUGACUCAAUUAUCUUGGGGUAUUGUAAAUGACACCUACAAGAUGGACCUUAUUCUUGUACAUCCUCCACAUUUGAUUGCUUUGGCAUGCAUAUAUAUUGCUUGCGUAUCCAAGGAGAAAGAUAUCACCUCGUGGUUUGAAGAGCUUCGUGUUGACAUGAAUGUGGUGAAAAAUAUCUCAAUGGAGAUCUUAGAUUUUUACGAAAACCACACCAUGAUUCCAGAGCAGCGUAUAAGUGCUGCACUGAGCAAACUUUCUUUAAAGCCAUAAAUGAUUUCAGAGCAGCGUAUAAGUGCUGCACUGAACAAACUUU